AUCGCAGCAGUCUGAACGUUUGAAAACGCGCGUGAAGGAUUCUGAAACUUUUAUUUUCCAUUUAAUUUGAAGUGAACUGUGCUGAGAUCAGCCUGAUGAGGGUUUUUUUUUAAUGGGAUUUGGACGAGAGUAGAGUGGAAACUUUUUUUGUGACUUCUCUUUUUGCUCAAUAGGAUUUAACUUCAACCCCGCCGUUUCUAGCAGGUGAAGACGCGACAACCAGCACAGAGGUCUGCGGACAACAUCCAGACUCUCCCUGUUGGUCCAUCUGAACAGCUGCUCUAUUAUCAAACUCUAUUCCAGUAGCCAUGGCUGCCAACGUUACCCCUCAGGGUUGCGGCCCUAACGUGGGCUCCCUCUAUUACAACCUCUGUGACAUCACAGUCGUGUGGGGCAUCGUGGUGGAGGCCUUUGCCGCAGCUGGCAUUGUCUUCUCCUUUGUGCUUUUCAUCGCGCUGCUGGCCAGUGUACCCUUCAUGCAAGACAAGAACCGCAAGAACUCGGUGGGUGUCCUUGCCUGCUUCCUGGUCUGCACUGCUGGUCUCUUCUGCCUAACCUUCGCCUUCAUCGUGGGGAAGGACUUCUCCACAUGUGCUUCGCGUAGGUUCCUCUUCGGGGUGCUGUUUGGCGGUUGCUUCGCCUGCCUCCUGAUGCAGUGUGUGAAUCUGAACAUCCUCGUCAGGCGGGGCAGAGGGCCCCGGGCUUGGGUCUUGUGUCUGGGAGCAGUAGGGCUUUGGCUGGUGGAGGUGGUCAUCAACACUGAGUGGCUGAUCAUCACAGUGGUGCGCCACCCACAGGGGCCACUCAACAGCACAGCCGGAAGUGACAGAGCCACGGCUACGCCUUGCAACAUCGCCAACGAGGACUUUGUCAUGGCGCUGAUCUACGUGAUGACCCUGAUCCUGGCUGUGGUGGUGGCAAGUCUGGCCGUCAUGGCGGGCAAACACAAGCAGUGGAAGAAGGAUGGCGCCUUUUGCCUUCUAACCAGCUUGUUCUCUGUGGGUAUUUGGGUGGCGUGGAUCGUCAUGUACGUCUAUGGGAAUCAGAGGAGAGGGGGGCCCACAUGGGAUGACCCUACUUUGGCCAUUGCCUUGGUGGCAAAUGCGUGGGUGUUCCUCACCCUCUACACCAUUCCUGAAAUCUGCUGUUUGACCAGUGACGGUGACAGCCAACAAGGCUUCGAGGAAAAUCUGUACUCGAACCGAGGAGUCGGCUACGAGACGAUCCUGAAGGAACAGAGCUCCCAGAACAUGUUCGUGGAAAACAAGGCUUUCUCCAUGGACGAGCCAAACCAAGCAUCCAAGCCUGUGUCUCCAUACAGCGGCUACAACGGUCAGCUGCGUAGUUCGGUCUACCAUCCCACUGAGCUGGCUGUCAUCAGCAAAGCAGUAAGAAAUCAGCACCCUCUGGACUCCACCACUAACAUGAUCAUUCCCCGAGCUUCGACCAACUCUGCAGCCAGCAGCGGGAGCAGCACCCCAACAAUACCCGCUGAGAAUGGGAACACUGCAUACACACACAAUGGAAAUAGCGGGAAUGGUCUGCACAGGACGAUCCAGUGGUGAUCACGCUGUGGCUCUCAACACCCGGUUACAAUCAUUUCACUUCAUGUCUUUUCAUUUGCACUUGCUGACUGUAUGUUUGCUGUUAUUCAUGGUUCCAUAAGCUGGUUCUAAGAGGAACCCUCAGCCCCGGCAUGUGGAGGUGACCGCUGGGUCAUCAUCUCUGAUGGAAAACAGCUAAACCUUCUUUUGACUGAUUUCCCCUGUGCCACUGGGUAUCAGACAGUAUAGAGCUUCAUUUGGAAGUCAAAGCGAGGGGAUGAAGCCGCGGCUUUGCUGCAGAACAAAGACUUUUUGCAACACAGUGAACUCUGAGCUCUCUGCUGGACCCAAACACACGAUGAAGAGUGGCGGUGCUGACGGUGGGGGACAAAAUGGCUGAAGAGAACAGUUUAACUAAAUAUUGGGAGUGUCUUUGGUUCAAUAUGAUAUUUACAUGUACACACACCCCUUCCCCCUACACACACCAUAAACAAAUUAUCACUGCAGCAGCAGCCAUGCUUCAGUGAAUCAUUCCUUGGGCUGGAGAAAAAGAAACACUAUCAGAAGGGUUGCAUUCACUUAUAUAUAAAAAAAAAAAAAAAAAAAAAGUUUAAUUCUUUGGAGUCAGUAUAUAUUUUUGUGCCUGGAUUGUGAAUAUUGUUAAUAACCACAAAGUUCCACAUGAAAUUAAGCUACUGGUGUUGAAUUAAUGUAAAUACGUUGUUAAUGUGUCAAUGUUCAUACACUGCAUGGACGCAUUGUAUGGUUCUGUGUAUUUAAUACUAUUUAUAGCACUACUGUGUGCUAUUUAAUUGUUUUAUCCAAUUUCUUCCAAUCAAACAAUCAUUUCAAUAGAGAGGUGAAAUCCCCCCUUCUGAUUAGCAGUUUCUCAUAAAAGGUUUAUUUUCUCCUUACUUUCUAACAAACAGAACAGAACAUGAUACUUUGGGUCCAAAUCUCCAGAUAAAGAUUUAUCUUACUUCUUUUCCUGACAGUAAAAAUUGAGAUACAUGUCAUUUUAACAGAGAUUAAACACUGUCUGUAUUAUGUUCAGCCUUCAUAAAACAUCAUAACAUUGAAUCUAGAAGCAUCGGCAAAGCCUCAUUGGAGUUGUAAUCGUUGAAUGUUAACAAAAUAAUCAAAGGAUGUUUCUGAAAUCAUUCACUAUUCACUAUGCAGUCCAAUAUGAAGUGUGUUGUCUAAAUGUAAACUGUUUUUUUUUUUUAUUUCUCCAAUAUAUGAGACUUUAAGUGCAGCGUAAAAAGUAGUAGACAAUCUAUUAAACUACCAUCAUGCAUUUUGUAGAUAGGGAAUAAAAAGGAACCUGAAUAUGGUUGUAAACUCUCUGAGCCAAAGCUGGCUUGUUUUUGUCAGGCCAACGGUCCAAAGCAAACAUAUGCAAUUUAUAAGGAAAGAAAACAUUUGAGAGGCUGGAACGAAAUGUUUGGCAUGUUUCCUUGAUAAAUGACCUAAACGUUUAUCGAAAUAGCUGGCGAUUAAGCACUAAACCUGAGGAAUGUCUGAGAUAGUUUGGGGGCUUUUUCCCCCUCCAUCUGACACACGACCUCAACAUAGAAUUCCCUUUGUAACGUGUUCUGAAUAGUGAAUAAGUGAAUGAUUUUGUUUUACCUUGGUGCUCAAUCUCUGCCGUCCUGUAGACACAAACUUUGUUUUAUUAAUGACAUAAAACACCAUUUUUAUGUUUCAACUCUUAGAAACACAAAUGAAGGAAACCCUAGAAGAGAAAAUCAAUUGUCUGGUCCAGGAAGAUCUCUGAAAGGGGGGAUGGGACUUCAGUUGUUCACAGUGUGAUUUAUCUUUAAUAUCCAGUAAAAUAAAUUCACUUGUGAUGUUU